GUUUCCGAAAAAACUUUCAUUUUAAAAGAAUAUUAUCGGUGUGAUAGUUUCUAAUCCACUCUCCAGUACUGAAGGUGGCGGUAAUGCGUCUAAUAAGUUGUUCGCCAUAACACAGAAGAAGAAGAAGUAGUAGUGCACUUUGCUCUGAGGAUGUUUUCAACCCCGGUCAGCGGAGGCUGCAGUCAUGUCGGACGUCCUCCUGGGAAUAGAUCUGGGCACCACUUCGGUCAAAGCCGUGCUGCUGGCCGCCGACUCCAGAGCCGUGGUGGCGGCUCACUCGGAACCCACUGCCGCCGAUCUCAGCGACGUUAGAGGAAUAAAGGCCAAGGAGCAGGACCCCGGGCUGAUCAUAGACGCUGUGAACCGCUGUGUGGAGCAGCUGCCCAGAGCCAGGCUGCAGCAUGUCUGCAGGGUCGGCCUCACGGGACAGAUGCACGGGGUUCUGUUCUGGAGGGCAAACACCGGCUGCGAUUGGUCAGACGGGGACUCUUUCACACCCAGAGACACCAGUCAGCUGGUCACAUGGCAGGACGGACGCUGCAGCAGUGACUUCCUGUCUGCUCUUCCAAAACCCCAGUCUCACCUCGCCGUUUCCACGGGCUUCGGCUGUGCGACGAUCUUCUGGUACAUGAAACACAGGCCUAAGUUCCUGGAAGACUUCACUGUUGCUGGUACCAUCCAGGACUACGUGGUCUCCAUGCUCUGUGGUUUGGACUCCUGCGUGAUGACGCCUCAGAAUGCAGCCAGCUGGGGCUUCUUCAACACUGCAACCAAUCAGUGGAACGAGAACGUUCUGAAGGCCGCGGGCUUCCCCAUCCGCCUGCUUCCUCGGUGUGCGCCGGCGGGCGCCCUGGUGGGGCAGACAUGCUCUGCCUGGCAUGGCGUUCCUGCAGGCACACCAGUAGGGGCUGCCCUGGGAGACUUCCAGUGCUCCGUCUACUCCUGCAUGAGUGCGCCAGCAGAUGCAGUUCUCAACAUAAGCACGUCAGCCCAGCUGACAUUCGCCCUGCCAGCUGGCUUCACCCCUCCUGAUUCUGCCCAGAUAGAGUCGUCCAUCUCCUACUUUCCUUACUUUGACUCAUCAUACUUGGCCGUGGCAGCGUCGCUCAACGGAGGGAACGUGUUGGCCACUUUUGUGGAAACGUUGACUGCCUGGAUCAAAGAAUUCGGUGCGGAGCUGAGCGACUCGUGUAUGUAUGAGAAGCUGAUUGGCUGUGCCCUGAGCCAGGAGACCAGUGACCUGAUGGUGAGUCCCACCAUCCUGGGGGAGAGACACGACCCCCGCCGCCUGGGUCAGGUCACCAACAUCUCCGCCUGCAACCUCUCCUUGGGUCAUGUGUUCAGAGCGCUCUGCCGCGGCGUGGUGAGCAACGUGGCCUCCAUGAUGCCUUUGGAGCACCUGCAGCGGGCCGGGGUCAGCAGGAUCGUGGGGAGCGGGAGCGCGCUCGCUCGCAACGAGGUGCUCAGGCAGGAGGUGGAGAGGGCGUUUCCUCUGCAGGUGGAUUACGGACAGAACGCAGACUCUGCUGUGGGCGUGGCCAUGGUCCUCUGUGACCGACUGAACAAUGUGCCUGGGAAUCCCUGCAUGUUCACAUGAUUGACUGAUUGACUUGAGAUUUUUUACAAAACUCUCAGUGGAACUGUUUUGUUUGAACAAAUUAACAGGUCUACUUAAAGUAGACUUAAAUCUAAUAUUUUGCUUUCUGCCGAACAAUGAAAACUCUGAGGGGACGUAAAACCUU